UGACAAGUGACAUAUCUGUUGUGACGUUUACCAAAUUUUUACUUGGUUAUUGGCCGGUGUACCUAAUAUUCCUUUUGUGAUAAUUCUUAAUUUAAUUGUUAUAAAAUGAGUUUGGAAAUUGAAUCAAUGGUGCGAUACGCCUCGCCUAUCAAUCCGGCGGUGUUCCCACAUCUAACUAUGCUACUUCUUGGUAUCGGAAUAUUCUUUACGGCGUGGUUCUUUGUCUACGAAGUCACAAGCACGAAGUCGUCAAGAGACUUGUUCAAGGAACUCCUGUUGUCAUUAGUAGCCGCCUUGUUCUCAGGCUUUGGUAUUCUCUUUUUGUUGUUAUGGGUAGGCAUAUACGUGUGACAAAGUAAUUAAGUAUUUAAUGUACCAUUCCUUUUAAUUAAUGAUAAACAAAUUUUGUAUGCUAUAAGAAUAAAUGAAAUUAUAAAAAAAAA